AUCCAACGUUAAAAAAGAAAAAAUCUCAAGCUGCCUGCCUUUAACUUUUGAUCCAGUCCCAUGAAACAGUAGAAAGAGGAGCACGAAAGUGAAAAGAAAAAUGCCAUUAGGUUUGGACAUAGAUUAGCAUCCCAAUCAAACGUCAGAUUUAAAUUCCCAACAGAUUGCUCUUUUGCCUUUUCCCUCCUCCAUACACUUUUUGCAGUAUCUUCCUCUUCUUGCUUGCAAAAUUUAACUACCCAAUGCCUCCUCUCUCAAGUUUUCUGAUAUUCUUUCGUCUCUCUACGACCCAAGGAAACUUUGAUUCUUCAGGUUUUUAUUUCUAUAACUUAUGUCAGGAUGAUAUAUAAACUCUUCUUUGCCACAACUCCAUUGGUCCUCAGGGUGGCUUGUAUCUCAUUCUUCUUCAAGAAAAAAAAAAAAAGAAAAUUUCAGAACCACGUUAUAGAAGCAGCAGCAGCUUGACAAUAUGGGUUCUGGAGGAGCUCUUCAAUCUUUCGCAAUCUUCCUCUCGUACCUGUCUCUCUAUUCAGGUCAUCCAAGUGUUGCUGGAACGCCUACUUUGGAAUCAAUCCAGAAACAUAAAAUAUUAGGCGACCAAGAAAACAGGAUGCUCAUCUCACACGCAGUGUCCACAACCCAACUAGACACAGUUGCAGGAGGGGUUCCCGUCAUCAAUCCAACAACUCCGGGAACAACUCCUAUAGUAAAUCCAGUAGACUCUCCUCCGGCACCAACUGGAAUCAGCCCAAUACCUACGACGCCCCCAGCUAGUAUAAAUCCAGUAGACUCUCCUCCGGCACCAAUUGGAAUCAGCCCAAUACCGACGACGCCCCCAGCUGGUAUAGUGACCCCAGUCACUCCGAACCCCCCGGCUUCCACAAAUCCAACCUCUUCAGGAGGGCAAUGGUGCAUUGCAAGCACCAUUGCUUCACAAACCGCCUUGCAGGUAGCUAUUGACUACGCUUGUGGCUUUGGUGGGGCAGACUGUUCUGCAAUUCAACCUGGUUCAGGUUGUUAUAAUCCAAACACCCUCCGCGAUCAUGCUUCUUAUGCCUUCAAUAGCUACUACCAGAAGAAUCCAGGUGCUACAAGCUGUGUUUUUGGCGGAACAGCACAACUUACCAGCACCGAUCCAAGUAGUGGAAACUGUCACUAUGCAUCGUCAUCCACGACAACGCCAAGCACAAGCUCACCAGUUAACCCGACCCCAACUAUGACGACUCCCGCAACAACCAGCUUCCCUGAUGGGCCACCAGCAGUUUAUGGCGUGGCAGAACCAACCGGCGAGCCCAGCUCAGCCACCUCUAUUUCAUGCAGUUUACUGCUCCUCUAUUCCACAACUGGUAUUGUGGGGUUUCUUGUUGCUACAAAACAUCUCUGAGCGCAUGGAAAUUCAGUUUAUCACUACCCUCGAUGAGAUGACAGCUUCCUUGAUUGUCAUCCAACUUCAUGAACACAAGUAUUAAGAAUCAACAGCCUGAUGUUUUUCUCGAGGAUUUGUCCUCGGCAUAGAAUGUCAAUCUAUUUGCUCUACUAUGCUUUUUAGUAGGUACGAAGCCCAGGAGAAAAGGAAGAAGAAAGUAGAAUAUCAUAGGUUCGUGUACUCGUAGACAAGUUAAACUAGUUACAUUCUCUGCAAUUUCUAGCAUAAUAAAGUAUUAGACAGGCUUGAAUUGCCUUAGGAUUGCAUUUACAGCUUGUGUACUCGUUGUAUUCAGGAAGCAUACAGUUUCAUUUAUGAACCAACAGAGUUGAUUUUACUACAACAAUAUUCAUGGUAAUUAAUAGAAGAAUUUAUUACAUUCCGUA